GUUGUAUAGAUUCGAAUAGCACACGAGGGAAAUCACGGAAUAAAGCCCGUCUCUGUGAGAAGUUUAAUCUGAAUGCGGUCACGAUGGAUAGUGUCAGGUCGUAGACGUAUUGUCGGACUUCAGACCUGUGCAAGUGAAGCAAAACCUCCAAGAUGGACAUGGAAUGUGCAGACCUUAUGAGUAGUCUUCAACUGCAUAAUGACUACUUCAAGAGUAUGACUGAUCUGAUACCUGCCAGGUAUUACUUUGAACAAGAAUCCAAACAGGGUCCAGCGGGCUCUGGCAAGUUCUUUCAUAAUGCAAAAGAGAAAGCACCCAAGCAGAAGGUCAAAGACAAGUCCAAAAAGAAGACCAGUAACAAGCGACAGCGUUUGGACCCAGACCAGCAGCGCAGCGUCACCCAAAUACAGGAGGGCAUGGAUAAGGGUCAGAUCUCGGGUAAAGAUGGGAUUGCCACCUCUAGUCGGUUGUGGAAAGAGAAAUCGGAGGAUGAGUCAGAGAGCGAUGCCAUGGGGACAGGCCUGGAAGACCUCUCAGAUGAUAGUGGUAAUGAAGAUGAUUCAAAACCAUCCGUCUCAUCAAGGAUAAAACCUAUGAGUGUGGAGUCUGUUUCGAGUAGUGCAACUAUUGAUGAACUCAGAGAGAAGGUUCGACAAAGAAUCGAAGAACUCCGAACAAAACGGAAAGCAAAAGCACCUUUGAUGGAAGAUGUGGUACCGAAAAAAGUUGCCCGAAGAGAAGCAGAAAAGGAGAAGAAGAAGAAAGCAGAUGCCAUCAAGGCAAUGAAAGCUUCUAAAGCACAGUUGGAAAUCUUGGAAAAAGCCAAACAGAACAAACUAAUGGUUAAUGGUGACGGUCACAGUGACAGUGAUGAUUCUAGCGAUGACAACGUCAACCAAAGAACUAAAAAGAGUAAUGAGACUUCUACCAAGGGUGGGAAAGGUGGGAAGAAGAUGAUGGAAGAUAAGGAGGCAGCUGUUGGCUUCAGCCAGUUUGACUUUACGGAGAGCGAGCGAGAACAGCCCAAGAAGAAGAAGAGGAAGAAGGUGACGGAGCCCAGGAGCAACAAGGACUUUGGCCGUCUGCUAAAGAAGGCCGAGCUCAAGGAGAAAAAGAUGGCGGAGAUGAAAGAGAAGGAUCCAGAGAAAGCCCAGGAGGUGGAGACGGAAGGCAAGUGGAAGACAGUCAUCGAUAGAGCGCAGGGGAUCAAGGUCAAGGAUGAUGUGGAACUUCUGAAGAAGUCCAUCAAGCGGAAGGAGCAACGCAAGAAUGCGAGCAAGAAGCAAUGGGAGGCACGUCAAACUAAACUGGAGGAGAAGAUGAAACAGAAGGAGACCAAGAAGAGGACCAAUAUCAAGGCCAAGACUGAUGCUCGCAAAGCCAAGAAGGUUAAGAAGUUACAAAAGAAGGGCAAGCUUCUCCUACAGGACUGAAGAGGCUUAUAUGCACUUGAUCCGUAAACUGUUACAGCAGUUGGUCUACUUCUCUAAUGCCUAAUACCAGAUGGGUGGGCUAAACCUAUUUGGUCUAAUUGCUUUUUGGUCUACACUAUACCUGGUCUUAUACACACUUUGUGUAGUUCCCAUUUAGUCUUCUAUCCAGUUGGUCUAAUGUCCACUUCAUCUAAUUGUCAUUUUGCCUUUUUACAAAUGGAAAUUUGCAUAUGAAGAGUUAAUUUAAUCAUAUAAAGUAGUGUAAGAUCAAAUAUAUUUUAGGCAGAUUAGUUAUAUCCCAGCUGGAACGUAGACCAAAUAGUAAAUGGACUAAAUGGCAAUUAGACCAAAUGGUUAAUAGAGACAAACUGUAGACUAUGUAGGAUUAGUCCAUGUGGGGUGACGAAGGCCACAUGGCAAUUUCCUGGACUAAGAUUGCAACAGAGAACUGCUUCUUGGGAGGAACAGAGGAUCAGAGCAGAGUUCACUCUUGGUUACACAAGUCCAACACCAUUUCUGAGUGUACUUUGCCUUGCAGCAGCUAUGGAUAUUGAUGUCAUUCUGUUGAAUACUGAACUAUCUAUUUCCAUUAGCUGGAUUUAGGUAAGACUUCAGGUUUCUGUAAGGCAAGCAGGUUUGAAAUUGCAAGCCUGUGCACCCCUACCAUAUUACCACUGUUUCAAUAAUGGUGCAGUAAUCCAUGCAAUGAAUGGCAAUAAAGGCCAUGUCACAUUGUUCUGAGCAAGCCUUGCGAUUGCCCGUAACUUACCCGCUACAUAUUUUUUUCUGCGUGCAAAAUAGACUUGCGUGCGCUUCUGUGGGCAAUUGCGUGUGAGAUACGUGCGAGAUACUGUCAAUGCGGGCAAUCUGCGGGUGACCUAUGGGUAGCCAAAAUAGGUGACCGGCAAGUCAUAUGCAAGGCUUGCACGGAACGAAGUGACAGAGCCUUAAGAUCUGCAUAAAAUAAAAAUAAUGUACAAUGUACCCUUAUAGGGCCUUUCUCAGCUAAGUAAUUCAUACACUGGCAUGACUUCCCACUAAUACAGGUCUAUUUUCAUUCUCAAAAUUAACCAGAAAGUGCCAAGAUUUGAAAAUGCCUAAUAUUUUGUUUCCGUCAGAAUAAAUACUUAUGGCAUCAAAAUACUGAAAUUAUCAGAAAUCUUGAAAUAUUCAGUGAAAGUAGAUAAAAAUGUAAUGUUACAUUGUUGUAUAAUCAUGAAAAUCGUAUCAAAAUCUUGCUUGAUGAAUGGUCUGAUCUAUGGGAACUGAAUUCUGUCGAAGCCAAGUAUCAUGUCAUGUAAAUACAAAUUACUUUUUUUUUAGUAUUGAAUUUCAGUAAUCUCGUCUAAAAACUCUAAAUAAAGAGUCCCUUCAAAACUGAAAAGAAACCCUCAUUAAUGCAUUCUUUGGUGAUCUAGGAUUACUACACAUGCCACAAAUUCAGUUAUGUAAAUAUAUUUCUUUGUUGCAAAAGGGCAGUUCCUGUCUGCUAUACAUGACUGUGAGCUCUGUGUCUGUGACAAUUUCACCCUAAAUGAACAAGAAUUUGUCUGUCAUUCUCCUGAUUAUCUAACUUCAUUUCCCGCAUUAAUAAUAAUAAGUAUAAUUAUUAUAGGUUGUCGUCCUUUCUCAAUGAAAAAGUCAGUCGGCAAGCCCUCAAAAAGUAGCUUCUUUUAUCUAAGUUAUAUUCAUGACUGUACUGUUUUGGCAUUGUUAAUGAGAUUGGUGCAAACCAAAACACCUCUUUUUACAUGUAUUUGGCCAUUGCUGCUCUAAAUAUUGACAAAAUUUCAUGUUUUUGGUAUCUAUAAAGAAGACAGCUUGCAUGACUAUCUCUCAGUUUUAUUUUCAUCAAAUAUUAAAGGUGAAAUCUCAUAUCUGAUAUUUGCAGAUUAUAAAGAUUCUUGCUGUUAAGAAGCAACUGAAUGUAAGUGAUACAGAUUAUAGGACAGUCGCUCCAUUAUCAUAAAUGGGAAAGAUUCAAUGAACAGUUCACCUGCCAUUCAAGAACAAUUAACUUGUCAUAUAUACAUAAAUUCAUACAUAAAGCAUCAAGUCUUAUAGGCAGCUUAUGAAAUGGCUCCCAGCUAGUGUUAUUUUUAAAUUUAUUUUUCUCUUAAUGGGGUGGUGGGAUUUUGGACUUUCCUUAAACAUGCAUAUUAUACUAGUCAGUGCAGUGAAAGAGAAGUCCCGGUGGGUGUUUCAUAAAGCUGUUCGUAAGUUAAGAGCAACUUUAAGAGCGACUGGUGAUCCUUUCUUACGCGCUAAACCAUCGCCUAUGGUGUAAAACAUUUUCCAAAAGAAAGGAUCACCAGUCGUUCUUAAAGUCGCUCUUAACUUACGAACAGCUUUAUGAAACGGCCCCCUGGACUGUGAGUGUGUGGCAAUGGCAGGAGGUCAGAUGGGGUUUGGUUUGGAUUGGGUAUCUGGGCUGUUUCAGAGGUUCCUUUCUUGGACGUUACAAAACUGAAUAUUAUGUAAUGAGGGUUCUGUAUGAGCUGACCAGCUGUUGCCCAAUCUUGGAAUUUAAGUGUUUGUGUACAUUCCUAAAGAAGUUGAGAUGUUUUUAUAAUACAUAGUAAUUGUCUUACUUUGCUUGCUUAUAAGAAUUUAUCAGAAAUCUCAAAGUACUCUACAAUAUAGUGAAUCAUCAUUUGCUUUAUAUGCAGUCUUAGUUUUAGAGAACAACCUUCCAAAUCUCCUUCCAACAGGGGUGUGAGAGUUCAGAUUCUUAUCUGAUUUCAGAUUUUUUUUUUCCAGCUUAAUUUCAGCUUAUUUUUGGCCUUCCUCUGUACAAAAAGUAUGGGAGCUCUUUCUAUUUCAGACUUUUUCAACACUCUUCAGCUUUUUUUCAGAUCUUUUUAUUUGUGACCACUCACACCCCUGUUCCAAGGACUAUGGCAGAAUGGAAUCUACUACCAAUAGACACACGGGAAGCUAAAUCGGUUGAUAGUUUUAAGACAAGGUUAAGCAAAAUUCAAAUGUCUACUUUCAUCCAGGGGGCACAUUAUCAUUAAUUUAAAUUCAUUACUAGCCAUACACGCCUGCAGCAAAUAUAUCCCGAUUGAGGAGAUUGCCUUCGGUAACAGGAAGAAGAAGGAAAAACAAUUGAUACAGUAGACAAAUUCAAACGGCUCUUAAAACUUACUCAAAUAUACCUCAAUUCAAGGAAGUUAAUUCAGUAACAUGUCUUUUUCUUUUCUUUAAUAUGUCCCGAAGCACUUAUAGACAUAGUUACAUUAUGUGAUAAUAUGCACUAUGUAAUGAAGCUGACUAUUAUUUAUUUCAUCAUGAUUACAAUAAUGCAACAUAAUUACCCAGGCUUUAGCAUAGCAGCUGUUUACUCAAGAUUUCUUUCUUUCCUUCCGGGGCCCCCAAUACUUCCAGUUUGCAUAUGUAGUCAAUAUUGUCAUUGAAAAAUGCACAAUGCAGCAAAUUUUGAUGAAAAUUGGAUAUAAAAUAAGAACAUGAAAUUUCACACUUUAGCUUAUUUUUACUGUAAUAUGCAUAUUGGACAACUUAAAACAGAAAUUUGUAAGUAGAUUGAGCAAGGGCAUUUUAUUUCAAUAGAAUCUCAGUGCAUUGAUAAAACCAUAGAAGUUUGCAUAUGGGCAUCCAGUGUACUAACAUUAAAAUGUCCAUACAGGACUAGAGUGUAGACACAGAAAUAAGUUGUGUCAUCUUUAGUUAUUACUUGGGGGGGGGGGGGCAUAUCAUGAGAGCACUUUUCGGUUGUUUUAUCUGACAGAGUAUGUUUUAUCCAACAGUUACCAUAGGAACUGAGCUUCUCAGCCAAUCAAAAUCAAGGAAAGUUGUCAGAAUCGCAACUUGUCAAAAAAAAAGUGUUGAUGAAACGUGACUUUGGUCUGAAAAAAAAAUGUUCAAACGGUCUUGACUGAAUGACUGAUUUGCAGGCUGGCAUCUCUGAUAUUAAUUUCGCAUUUGAUAAGCGGGAGAUUUAUCAUUGUAAUCAUUUUUUGAUUACAAGUAAAAUGUAUAUUUUAUCGUGUCCAGGGACCUAUUACAUCCAAAUGACCAGGGUUGAAACUAUGGAACACUGUUGGUGUCACAAUUAAUCAUCAUAGAGCAAGUAAGGUCAGAGAUAGUAUCCCUAAUGGACUAUGUACAUUUAACUCAUGUUUGUGUCAUUGAUUUAACAUGUUGGCAUGUUACAUGUUUGCUGAUGGACAGCAUGUAUGGCUUCUUGGUUGAAAUUAUGAUGUCACUGGCUUUCCAUAUUUGAUAUUGAUUUCAAUUUAUCUCAACUCUUAUGAUAUAGGGGGCCUGCUGCACCAUAUUGGGUUAAUAAUUGCAGAACAGUGCUGGUACACAAUGUAUGUGUAUGUACUUGUAUACCUGAUUCUAUAAGGGUACAUGUAGAUGAGCAAAUUUUAUUAUAAUGGACAAGUGUUCUGUAGAUUGGUCAGAUUCAUUUCAAUCCAUGUAUCAAAAAUAUUUUUCUCCUUAAUUAGUGAAUUGAAUUUUUCAUCAGUAUUUUGAAUUUCAAGCAAUUUUUUUUCCAUGUACGAUAUGUUUAUUAACAGUGUGAAAAUCAUCCAUCAUGCAUGUGACUAUGUUUACGCAUCAUGCUAAUUAAUCAGUGAGCUUGGUGUAGAGAUAAAAUGAUGAGAAUGAAGAUAUUUUGCCAAGAUUUGAACAUUUUAAUUUGUAAUAAAAUAUCUUAUACUGUACUGCA